GGCGGCCGGGGCGGGGCGAUGCCGGGUGGACGCAGCGGCGGCCCGGGCCGGGGCCCGUGACAAUGGGCAUCGCGGAGUCCACGCCGGACGAGCUGCCGUCGGACGCCGAGGAGCAGCUGCGCAGCGGCGAGCAGCAGCUGGAGCUGAGCGGGAGGCGGCUGCGGCGACUGCCUAGCGCCGUGUGUGCGCUGAGCCGCUUGCAGAAGCUGUAUGUGAGCGGCACCGGGCUGCGCGAGCUGCCCGAGGAGAUCGAGGAGCUGCGCGAGCUGCGCAUCCUGGCUCUGGACUUUAACAAGCUGGAGCGCCUGCCCGACGGCCUGUGUCGCCUGCCGCGCCUCACGCGCCUCUACCUGGGCGGCAACCGGCUUCUUGCGCUGCCAUCCGACUUUGCGCAGCUGCAGAGCCUGCGCUGCCUCUGGAUCGAGGGCAACUUCCUGCGGCGCUUCCCGCGGCCGCUGCUGCGCCUAGUGGCGCUGCAAUCGUUGCAGAUGGGCGACAACCGGCUGCGCGCGCUGCCCGCAGAGCUGCCGCGCAUGACGGGCUUGCGUGGCCUCUGGCUCUACGGCAACCGCUUCGAAGAGUUCCCGCCCGCUCUGCUGCGCAUGGGCCGCCUGCACAUUCUCGACCUCGACCGCAACCGCCUGGGCGGCUUCCCCGACCUGCACCCGCUGCGCGCUCUGCGAGUUUUCUCCUAUGACCACAACCCAGUCACUGGACCCCCGCGCGUGGCAGACACCGUUUUCCUAGUGGGCGAGGGCGCCGUCGAGCGUAUGGCUGAGCGCGACGAGCCCAUUCCGCGGCCUCCAGCCCGGCGUCCAGCCCGGGCCUUUGAGGAUGAGGAGGAAGAAGACCUGCUCAUAGGGGGUGCAGGACCUAGGGCUCUGGGGCCCGCUAGGGACAGCCUCCGAGCCUUGGAAGCCCCUCCAGGAUUGGGCACCUGAGCCUGCCCUGAGUAGAUGGGCUUGGUCACUCUGGAAGGAGGGGCUGUGGGAGGCCGCAGCUGUCUGGAUAUCUGUUGUCGUUGGGCCUCUUACUUGGGGGCAGUGAAAGAGCGGCAUUGAGCGAGCUGCCUGGCACAAGCAGGCCUGAGGCCAUCUUGAGACACUCCUAGGUAGUAAGAAAGAUUCCCUGGGCUGACCUCUGGGCAGUUUUCAAACCAAGAAGUCUGGGAUAGAGCCACUGAUGGUACAGCAGAUGAGCCGGUUCUCACCUGGAGCCAGGGUCCCCACUAUCCAUAGAAUCAUCCCCAUUCUGAGUCUGGAUGUCCAGGGUGCCUAUCACUUUCGCCUGGAGUUUGGAGCUCCUAGGUCUACCUUAGAUGUUGCUGAAGUCAUUACCUCUGGGGUGGACUGUAUGGGCAAACCUGCCCCUCUGUGUGUGUGUGGAGGGGGGCUGUGGGAGGUCUGGUCAGAGACAGGACAUAGGAACUAUGCCCAAGAUAGCAGCAGACGCAGGUUGGGGCCUAACAGCUCAGCUUUCCUCAGUUCUCCACCGGGUCCUGGACAGCUGUAUGGUGCACCGAAGAGAGGGUCUCCACCCCACUUUUCCUCCUGAUUUCUUUCCCCAGCAUGGGCUGAAUUAUUGCUGGGCGAAGAGAGAUCUCCCUUCUCCUACAGCCUGUGCCCUCACUUGUCAAGUUCGAGAAGAUGCCACUGUGCCUCUAAGGGCCUCCUGUCCCGAAGAGAGAGGGGCUCUGCUCUCUAGGAGGCUGCUCAGGGCCUCUCUAGUGCCUGUACUCUCCAUUUCCUUACAUGGGCACAGCCAGGGUGGCUGGCACGGCAUGGGGCACUGGACGGGCACCGUGUGCCUCUACUCCGUCACCAGGGACAGCCUCCGAAAGGGGUGAGGAGACAGGCUCUGCAAUUCCCAGGGCCAGACCCAAGCAAUAACAGGAGGAGAGGGCCAGAGGACACUCAGGGACACUGUCAGGGGCUGGGGCCCCAGAAGGUAGUGUUUUCUUUAGGAAGGAAGAAAAAAAAAAAAAACUGGUUGUAAACAUAAAUUAUAUUUCUUGGAGAAAGAA